AUGGGCGCCAAUUUGACAAAUGUUAGCAUCCCACCAAGGUCGCUUCCGGUCCCGUACGUGAGGAGACUGCUGAUUGUCUAUCAUGACUUGGGCAAUUGGUCUUCUAUCUACAAUGAUGUACCAGGUUACACUUUACUGACUUCUGUUAUAGGUAUCAUGAUUUACAAUGCAUCAAACAUGAACAGCACCAAACUAACAAAACUCGAUCUUAAAGCUACAGAGAAGCCUAUACUAAUUCAAUUUAAUAGUUCCAUAACACCUAGUGGUUCUAAUCCUAGAGCAAAAUGUACCACUUUUGAUGCUUACGGGAGAGUUACAAUGAGUGAGAUGAGCUUGCCAAAUGUAUGCCAAACUAGAACUCUAGGGUAUUUCUCUAUUGAAACUCCAUCCAAGCAGAGAAAAGUAUGGAUCUUUUGGGUCCUUGGCUUUGUGCUGGGAUUCCUUUGCCUGGUCUUUGUGGUACUACUCAUUGGAACAAUACUUCUGAGGGCUUUAACAGUGAAAAGAACUAAUGAUAUGGAGAGGGAAGCUGAUGAAGGCGAGGUUCUACAUACAUUCUGGGUGAAUAGCAGCAAAAUGCCACGAGCAACAAUAACAAGGACUCAUCCGGACCUUGAGAAUUUAGGCCGUCCAUAA